GAGCAUUGAAGAACAACCACCACGCGGUCGUCGGAAAGGCACUUAUCCAUCCUUCCGUCGCUUACUUGGAGUUCGUGUUUUAAAGAAAAGUGUAGAGUGUUUAAGGAGCAACCACUGCCAAUUCGUGCUACUUUGGAAGGAGCUUAGUGCAGUGCAUUGGCACUUGUGAGAAGACGCAGUGCGUGACGUGAAAUUUGCGGUGGAGUGAGUGUUGUCUGUGAAGCAAAAAAAAAACAACAAAAAAAAGACAGUGACAAUGCCUCGACCAUCGCGUGAAUCGUACGGUGAUCAGAAGCCACCAUACUCCUACAUCUCGCUCACAGCGAUGGCCAUUUGGUCGUCGCCGGAGAAGAUGCUGUCGCUGAACGACAUCUACAAGUUCAUCACCGAUCGGUUCCCGUACUAUCGCACCAACACGCAGCGCUGGCAGAACUCGUUGCGCCACAAUCUGAGCUUCAACGAUUGUUUCAUCAAGGUACCGCGGCGUCCGGAUCGUCCGGGCAAGGGAGCCUACUGGACGCUACACCCGAAGGCUUUCGAUAUGUUCCAAAAUGGCAGUCUGUUGCGACGCCGCAAGCGCUUCAAGCUACACCAGACCGACAAGGAGUGGCUGAACGAAGAGUUUGUCGCGCUGGCCAACAUGAACCGCUUCUUUAUGGCACAAAACGGGGCGCCCACGUACCACCACGGUGAUUCGGCUGCCUACUACAGUCCGGUUCCGGCGGAACCAAUCGGAAGUACCAGCCUGUCAUCGCCACCGAAUGUCCUGUACGCACCGAUCUCUCCGCCACUUUCGCCACCGGAUGAUCUGCCCGGUCAGCAGAAGCCGUCCGCCAACUCGGUGCGGUCCGAAUCGCCAGCGGGGAAAACGGUGGCAACGCCAGCAACAGGAGCGCCAGUCAUCACCACCGCCACCACCACCACCACCACCACCACCAUUACGCCAAACGCUAAACCAAAGCGAGCAUUCACGAUCGAAAGUCUGAUCGAACCGGACAGUUCCUCCGAUUCCGAUGAUACCGAUCGUGCACCGCAGUUCCAUCACCAACAGCAGCAACACCAACAGCAACAGCAGCUUGAUCAGCUCCGGCAUCUAAGUCAGCAACAGUUGAUGAGCAACAUUACGGCGUUCAACGAGUACGCCGCGGCCAUGCAUCAUCAGCAGCAGCAGCACCAGCAGCAAGUGGCGGUGGCCGCGGCAGCAGCAGCAGCCGCCGCAGCACUCGGCACUCCUUACACGGGCGUUCCGGUGCAUCCGCUCCUGUUGCCACUCGGCAAACUACCCGCACCGGCGUACUUCCUGCACUCCGGAAGUGCCGGAGCGUUUCAUCAUCAUCCUCAUCACCAUCACCAUCAUCAUGGGCAUCCUCAUCAACACCACCACCACCACCACCAGCUCCCACUGCAGCCACUCGGUCAUCCUUCGCAUCCUUCGCCAGCAUCGCUCUCACCUUCGCCACCGACGCAUCCACAUCUGCAUCAAGCGGUGCGACCCGAACCACCAUCCCUUGCGAUCGCUUGAUCGUCGCGGAGCUGAAGCCGUUUUGGGCUAAUUGCAAUCUCGAUCUCGUUACGGUAGUUGUGUUCCUCUGUGUGUUUGCGACAAAACCCCGGGCUAUGUUUCGCGUACUACUACUGCAAUCGUGGCACUAAUCUUUGGCCGCGGAUUGCCUCCGAGGGUUCGUCACUUGGUCACUGGCGACCGGCCACCACAACCAAGGACUGUGUGCGUCAUUCCGACUACUCGACUGAAUGUGAUGUAUAGGAUUCGUAUGGAAAUAGUUUAUGUAGUAUUUGUUUUAUAUUUUAAUUUUUAUC